UAGCCGGCUUUCGCAUAUCAUCACUGUCGUUUGACACACGUUCCUAUUUUUGCAUUAUCGAUUUCAAUUAUACACAUACCAUUAAAACGUCAUCUAAAGUGAACAGCACUACGCGACCAGUUCGACCGGUGCGAGAUACUGCUGCCCUCGCGGAUUCGUUCGCUGGCAGUUACACCCAGUUAUAAAGAGGAGUUCGGUAUUUCGUAAAGAUGGAUUUAAUGGUUGAAUCAUGCGAGUAUCACGGGAGCUUGAUAGCUUUCGAGGGACCGCAGGAUAUCAUAUCGACACAGCUUCGUCUACUCCCGAACUCAUCCAAACUUUUAAUAUUACCAUCAUUUCAGGCCUUCAUCAAGGAAAGCGACGUCGCUACACAAUUCGACGCUCAGUCACUAAUUCUUAAAAUACACGACGCAUGCCAUGCCCGAACAGAAAUGGCUCGUUCCUUCCUGCGGGAAUCCAUGCCAAAUGACAAGCGACUUGUGUUUAUGAACGGUAGUACAAUCUCGGCACGGAUGAGUUGUAUCUCGGCCAUCAGCAGGCACGAGACGAACGGAGAUAUGGACAGAGCGGAGGCUAUAUUCAACGAGCUCAUCGAAAAUGGGGCUGUGAGCCUCAAGCGACAAAACCAAUUGGAGCAGAAUCCCGGAGUAGCUUCGACGACAGAUGCCACAGAGGAUCUGGAUGGGCAAGGUCCUCGUGUUGCAGACGAUCCAAUAUCAAAAGCAAUGAGAGCUGCCGACGCCUUGUAUCUCGAAACGGAAUUUUUACAAGAGACGGACGAAUUCGAUCUUGUCACUGCAAUUCGGCACCGCAGUAUGAGCGUACCAGCCCUUCCCUUAACUGAUGACCUACGAACUACAACACCCUUCAACAUCUUCGGUAGUCCAACAGAAAGUACUGAGAAGGCUCAGUCGCCUAGACUUGAAGAGCAAAACCCACUUCACGAUGUUGGGGUCUCGCAGGGUGUAACAGUGGUUGAAGACCAGUUGGCAGGCAUUAACAGUGGUACAUUAUCACCAAACCGUGGUAGUGAGCUCUAUCGACACAAUCCUUUAAGACCAACUAGUGCUGUUGGUCCGCCGCGUAACGCAGUUGAGUCAUUGCCGAGCAGUCCAAUAUUACUAGGCGAGGCUCGAAUUGUUGACUUUCGCCCCUCUCCACCAUCAAGUCGUAAGCGCACUUCGUCAGUAGAUCGAAUCUACGCCACUGCUAUCCGAAACCAAGAUAUUUCGCUUUGCAAUUUACCACGGUCUUCGACCAAGCUCGAGGGAUCAGCACAGGGCGAGGCGCAGGAAGAAGAACGCGUCUCGCCGAAGAAACCAUUACUCAGAUCACAUUUUUACAGCGAGACAUCAUAUCCAACUCUAAUCAAACCCAACAGGGCUAUAGUGAGGAAAUAUGUGCCUCCCAGGCUAAACUUGGACAUAGAGGGGGCAAGGCGCUCCGUCUACUCCAACCAGAGCAUAGGCGAGAGAACAUGUGCACAAAGAGGCACAUUAACUGAGCCUCUAAGUAACGUGGUGACGGGCGAGCCAGAUGCUGGGAAAGAUGAUAGUGGAUCCUUCCUCGAUUUGGAGAACGAUGUCGACCCUGUCCAAGAACCUUUUCAAGCAGUCCUUCCAGUGGUUGAGGAUUUAGUCAUACAUUUUAAGGGCGAGGAGAGUCAACCAGCGCUAGAGGCCAUGAUCCAAACUUUCCAGAACCGCACAUCGCAGCUUUCCAUGCUUUCUCUUAUUUCAGAAUUGAGGGGAAGCAUGAGCCAAACCAUGACCCCUACUACAAGGAGUUCAGCGCCAGACUCGUCUGAAAAGGGUGCUCUGUAUAGCCGACGAGUUACUCAACAGUCAACCCCAAGAUACAGUCCUGCAGAUUAUGACCCUUUCGCAGUCCACGGUAAUUAUCCUAGGCGGCCUGCUUCUGGGUCUUUAUCGAACAAAGAUACGAAUAACCAUCAGGAGGCAAUCGUCAUUUCGACUCCGCCAACUCCCGCUCAGACACCUCCACCGGGGACUGAAGCCAUUCCAGAUCAGCUUUUUCAUGAAUUCGAUAUCAAAGGGUACAAAACAGCUAUAUGUAUCCAGAACGCGUUAAGGUCCAUUCUAAAUGUUUACUUUUCACCCGAGAACAUCGGAUAUCAUCAAUUCAACUUUCCACUACUACCCGAGCUUAGCAGCUUUUGGCGGCCCGUGUUUCGGGAGACCCGGUCUCGAGACUCAAACACGACACGAAAGAUUGACUUAAUACUUGCUUUAGGCACACAGAAAUCUUCUGGUAGAGGGCUACUUGGUUCAGUUAGCGGAUCUCUAGAAAAACUGGGGAGAGAAGCCAAUGGUACACCCCGAACUGGAAGGGUUGACUUGAGAUAUCUUAUUGCAAAUGCCAUGCAAGCUUUCACAUCUCAGCCUCUAGCCAACCAAACGCAGGCCAAUCCUUUCUCUAAUCCUUUGCUCCUUGCAACUCUCAUUAUACCACACCUUGAAACAUACAUAGCAGCUCAUCCCACCACCCGUUUUCUACUACUCGAAUACCCGACGGAAUAUUUAUCGACUGUUCUCUCGUUACAAGACCUAAUUGGCGCAGAUAUACUAAAAGUAGCCGGCAUCAUUGACCCGGAAACAAACGAGCCGAAAUCAUACCAGACGCACAGGAAGCACUCGUCUCACAGCAUCACAAGCUCAUCUGUUUCCUCAGCUGGCCAAUCGCCUAGUGCAGAAGCGUCAGAGGUUGCCAAGGGGAUAUACACAUCCCAGCCGUCCUUUUCGAAAGCAAACUUCAUCCUCACAUCAGGCGCGGAGGAAUCCGAGAUAGCGACGUUCAUUGCGACUAUCUGGAGAAUAUUAAUCAACAUCUCGGACUUUUACAUUCCCGAAAGUGUUACCGUGGACAAGUGGAAGAGUAAACCUAACACCUACUCGCUUCCGUCUUCGUCUCUCAUGCCUUCAUCAGAGCAGUACGCGCCUUUGCUCAGAGCCGCAGUAAUGCUUGGCUUUGCGCCGCCGCUAGAAGACGAGCAGCGCGCAAGCCCCAAUUACGUUUCGAGCGGAACAUACGCAGAUCUCCCCACACCUAGGCAGAGACCCGCGACGCCGAUGAAAGCCGUCAAACCGUCCACCAGGGCGGCAUCACGCAACAGUAGUUCGGCUGCGCGGCGUCCCGGGACCCCUAACCCGCGCAACAAAUUAAAGUACCUCUUAGGUCACGACACCGCUGCAUACACAACGACUAGAGACGCCGGAACAGAGGAUUCGGUUUCGUAUCAUGAUUACGAGGGUCUGGAAGAAGACGGCCGGUUCCUAGCCGAGGAACGGAAGUACAUGCCGCUCUGGACCCAGCAGCACGCAAGCGGCAUGCCCAACCGUAACAGCCACAAAGCGCUGAAAUGGCUUGGUCUGUCGAAUUGAGGCCUUUCAGCAUCGCGGCGAUUCCGGGGCAGCAUCAUGAAUGCGUCUGCCCCCUAGCAGCACUUGGCUUCAUAUACAUAUCACACAGUGUCGGUGCUGGCGCUGGCUUACAACAAGUACCGGUUCUUUGGGACAACUUACCCUCUCUUUUUCUUUUACCCUUUUGAAGACUUGUAUGGCAUGGCGAAUCAUUGGG